UUGUCAAGAAAGAAUUCUUGCUAUUUGUUUCAUUCCCAUAUGUACCGUGUCUCUUGGAAAAAUAUUCAUGAAGCAGAUUAUUAACACAUUGAAAAGAGAUGCAUAUGAUUUGAACGCAUACAUUAUGGUACCAUUUUUUUUCAUUCCAAAUGCACUUACAUGCCCUGAAUCCACUGUAAAAAGGCCAGCCAUGGAAUCCAACCAAAAUACGUGUGCAAGCUUUGCAGCCCGGCAAGUUUUUUCCCUGGUUUUGUUGCUGGAAUAGUCUCUGUGUACCGAACCAACACAGUUUCUCGUUUAGUAUUAAAGCUGUAAUAUAUUGGGCCAGAAACAACAAAAUAUGGGAGAAGGGCAUAGAUGUACUCGAUGCAUACAUGAAAGGAAGGGGCACAAUGAAUCGCCAUGAAAGAUGCUAAUCUAUCUAGGAGCCAUGGGUGAACCUCGUACGUACAGAGAUGCUGCAAUCGAAGGAAAUAGUGGCUGGCCUCUGCUAUUCCUGCGUGAAAGACAUACAAUCAGAAGAACAUUCGAACGAAAGCCAUAUUUCUGAACUCAGCGACGAAACGAGGCAGAAGCUAACAAUAUGAACACCAACCAUGUAAUAGCAAAAAUCUACCGUUGGGCAAGAAAGUUGACUACAGGCCAACGAAAUCAGAUCAAGGCAAGACCGGGUACUCCUGUCUCCUCGAGGGGAUUGUCCUGGUGCGCCUGCAAGUGGUCAGGCACUCAGACAGGCAAGCGUUGUUGGAUCCCUCGAGCGCUGGAUCCCUCGCUCGGCUUGCGUCGACUGGAUCCUCUGUCGGUUCCCUCGCGCGCGUCGCGUGGCUCGCGUCCGCUGGAUCCCGUCGACCGCCGGUUCCCACGCGAGCGUCGCGUCGGCUUCAUCCCCUCCCGCUGCGGAUCUAGCGUCGCCUGGCUCCCCACCCGCGCGUCGGAUGGAUCCACAGAUCGCUGUGUGAUUUUUUUAUUUUUUUAUUUUUGCGUCUCUGACCCCGCGUCGCUCCGCUCGGGCGACUCGGGAGGAACUUCGCCAGUCGCCGGCGGCCCCCUCUCCCACGCCUCCUCUCCUCCGCAGCUGCCGCUGGCCUGGCCGCGGUGGCGGCGGCCCCUUGCCUCUGAAGGUGGCUCGGGGAGAUCCCGCGGCGGACGCGUGGUGGCCGGGUGGCUGGGUGGCCGCGGUCGUCUUGGUGGUGAGCUCUGCCGGGCUCGAAGCCGUGGGGCGCGGGGCGCGCGUGGGAAGCAGGGUGGCGUCGAGGUGUCGCGAGGCCUGCUCGCCGGCGCUUGGGGGUGGCGCGCGCGCGUUUCCCUCUGCUGCGGAUCUGGCCGGCGCGCUGGAUCUGGGCCAGCGGGCGGCUGUGGUGUCGGGGGCUUCGGUCCCUUGCGUCGAUGUGGUGGUCGCGCCGUCUACGGCCGCACGGGCGGCGUGGGGCGCGGGGCCAGGCCGCUGGCUUGCCACUUCCUCUCUUCCCGGCCAGAUCCAGGUCGGGGGCGGCAAGGUUUCCUCCUCUGCUCUCGACCUCCGAUGGAUCUUUUGCAACCCCUGUCGCCGCCUUGCUCUGUUCCACCUUCUGCUGAUUCGGCGGUCUGGUGGUUCGACGGGCGGGCGCUCGGUCUCUGUCGCCACUCAAGGUGAAAGCCUUAGAUCCAACUCCUGGAUCGGACAACGGUGGUGUCCUCGACAUCGUUACCACCUUCGUGGCGCCUGUCUUCGGAGACGCUGCUCAAUGCUGCUUGCCUGAGGGUUGGGGUGCUGCUUGGCUGGUUUGAGGUUGGUGGUCGAUGGUGGUGGUGCGGCCAGUCUGGGGUCGACGGGGUGUGUGUCGUGGUUGAGUGCUCUCUUGGUGCGUCUCUGCUAGGCGGUGCCCUGCAGCUACGCCAGUGGCACAUAGGUGCCGUGGCGUCGUCUCGGCCUCGUGCAACCUUUCGAAUGUACCCCCGACACAGGUGGUGUCGUGGCGUUGUGCGGUCUCGGUUGUGUGGAGCCUUUCGAUUGCGUCGAUGGUGCAGUGUCGUGGUUUGGUCUGCUUGGCGAUGCCCUUCGACUACGCUGGUGGCACACAGGUGCCGUGGCUUCGUCUUGGAUCCGCAUGUCCCUUCGAAUGUGCCUCGUGACACAGGUGGUGUCACGGCGUUGUGCAGUCUCGGAUGCGCGGAGCCUUUCGAUUGCGUCGACGGUGCAGUGUCGUGGUUUGGUCUUGGCUGGCCGAUGCCGUUCGCCUCCAUCCUAUGGUGUUCUUUGUUGUGUCUCCCUCCUUGUACCCCAUGUAUGUGUGUUGUGGCGUGUUUUUUUUGCUUUUCUCUUCUUCUCUGUGCCCCCUGUAAUUCCGGUUCACUUGAACCUAUCCUGCGACAGGCUGUAAAGUCUUAUAGGCAAAUGAAUACAAUUCAGGUGAGGAAAUCCCCCCCCCCUUGAA